AUGGAUCUACCACACAUCUAUACUAAACUCAAAACAUCCAAGAGAAUGUUGGGAGGCGAGCCUGAGAAUCCACGAGAAGGAGCUCGUCAAGUAUAUCCCGAACGUGCUGCUCAAAUAGAUAGAUUAGAAUCCUUACUAUUUGCAAGAGCAUUCACACCAACUGGAAUAUUCUGUUAUGGCCCACCAGCAACAGGCAAAACAGCCGUCAUCAAGCAUCUCCUCUCUGAAGAUGGGAACGCCGUGAUCAUCAAUUGCAUCGAAACACAUACUCCUCGAUUAACAUUCUCUCGAAUACUGGACUCGUUGGCCCAUAUACGUACAUUAUAUGCUACUGGAUUUACGGGAUCGUGUGCAUGUGACUCGUUGGAAGAGUUUACCAUGAUCUUGCAUGAGUUGUGCGCAGCGUCUGAUGAGAGACGAUAUGUGGUAUUGGAUCAUAUUGAGAAGCUACGUGAUGGUUUUGCUAGUACCUUGUUACCUGCCAUGAUGAAAGUCUCUGAAGUCACACAAAACAAACUGGUCUUGAUUAUGAUUUCCAAUCAAGUCUGGGAUCACUUUACUGCAAAAGCUGGCAAUCAACCACCCAUCGAGAUUCGAUUUGGAUCGUAUAAUCAGAAACAGAUGCUCGAUGUCUUGUCUCGAGAUUGUCCUGCAGAUUGUGAAGCUGGUCUGUUUCGAGCACUGUCUGAGCUGGUGUAUGGAGCCUUUUCAAAACCUUGUCGUGAUUUGGCUGAAUUGAGGAAUGUUAUACGGCUCUUGUUGCCAAGGUAUCUAGAACCGAUCACUCAAGGGCGCGUGAAUGCACGAGAGACUGCCAAGCUAUACAAGCAUAUAGAACCUUUUGUCAAGGACGCUCUCAACAAUUUAUAUCUGCGCAAAGUGUCCACAGCUGACUGGGCAAAACCGACUGACCCUUUAGUGAGACGACCAACUGCUCAAGUCAUCAAUCUACCAAUGUAUACCAAGUUUUUGUUAAUCGCUGCAUUCCUUGCAUCGUACAAUCCUCCACGUUUCGAUUUACGGUUCUUUGCUAAUGAGCGAGAGGCAUCUAAACGUAGGAAGGGUGGAAAGGACAAAACAGGAGGAAAGCUUCGACCUCAACUCGUUGGACCAAAAGCAUUUCCAGUUGAACGUCAAAUGGCUAUAUUCCAUAGCAUUGUGGGAGAUAAUAUCAAUGUGAAUGUCGAUUUGCAGAUUCAGAACACAUCACUCAUUUCUUUGAGACUGCUUCUUCGAGCCACGGCUGCAGAUCGGUUAGAUGGCAUCAAAUGUAAAUGCAACGUGAGCUACGAUACCGUUCAGGCUGUCUCCAAGUCCGUCAAGUUUGAUGUUGCCAAAUACCUGUAUGAUUUCGCAUAA